GCGGUCGGCCGGUGGCAUCUGCACGGUUUGGUUACGCGCUCCAUCAUAGUACAGCAGACAGCAUACGCAUACAGCAAGCAUACAGCACAAGCUGUAUGGUGUACUCCGUAUGGGACCGCAUUGCCCGACUCACAUUCCAUCGAUGUGAUCUGUGCUACUGUAGAUCGAUCGUCUCCAGACUCCAGACUCGGUUCGUAUCUUUUGCUCCUUGAUUGUGGAACCGCACAUUCGACAAGUCGGCCACCAAGACGGAACCUCCGUAGUCUGUAUGCUGUUGUAAGCGAACGAAAGCAUUCAAACCCUGCAACAACGCGAAAGGCAGACCUAGAACGGCAAAAGCCCAGCCAUGCCCAUUGCCGGCUGUUCUUUCUCCCUGGUGUCACGGACGGUACACCCAUCCACUACGUCGCGGGCGGUGAUCUGCGCAGUCGCCAUGUGUCGCGACAAGGCCAUAGGUUGCAGUCGCGCCCAAUUUUGGGGAUCCGGUGGGUCGCCGACUUUAAGUGA